UGACCAUUUUUUUUAUGUAACUUUUGCGCAAAAAUGGCCGUCAUCGGCGACGGUUUUGCAUCUGCUUUGCAGUCCAUCAAAAGAUCACAAGCGCGUCAUGAAAAAUCAAAAAUGCCAGGUCCGAAAAAGUGUAUAAUGCUAAGAUAUAGCAACAAAAAUACGUAAAAUGGGGCUUCAAGAUUCAUCACAACAGCACGAGAGCGAUCAUCUUCGAAGACUGUGGUCCCGGGUCGAUGCAAAAGCGGCAACAGAAUACCGCGCCGAACCCGGCCGGGGCAGAUGGGAACGUGCGCGCCGCAGCGGAAGAGGUGAUGCGCUCGAGGCUGUUGAUAGUGAGGAGCAACUACAUACAGGCACGCAGCAAGAACAGCGCUGGGCCCCGAGAAACGUUGCCUACGAGUCACCGCGUCGAAUAGUAGAGGAUAAGCGUAGCUUCUCUACUUCUGCAACUAAAAAACCGACAAGCGUCACGCCUGGACGCCGGGAAGAUAAGAAAACCCGUUUCACCACAACCACGUGCAAGUCCCCCAAGAAGCGAGAGUCGCCAAAGUCCACCCGACGCGGUGAAAAAGGCGAGGCGUAUGGAGAGUCGCACGACGAAGAGGACGACAUAUAUAGCGACGACUUUGACGACGAGGUGGAUGAUGAUGCUUUUACUGGGUCAGGGUCACGCACACCGUCGCCCGAUACAAAUAAGAAGUCCGUGCAGUUGGAAUCGUGGCUAAAACGUCUCAUCGCGACCGAGAAAUAUUGGAACGACGAUCUAGAAGGCGAUGUUCUUGAUGUGUUGGGCGACGACGGGAUGAGCCUGACAAAAAUCGAAGACAUCAGAGCACGCGCAGAUGAGAAGCACGUGCCAGCGAAAUGGGCUGCCAAAUUGCCCCUCCCGGGGUAUUUGCGAGCUGACGAUGGUGCAAGUAGCACUUCCUCUGACGCCGGAGUAGAUCACAGAAGUUCAGAGCUUGUUCAGCAGCAUGAGAAACAGAUCUUCGAUCCAGAUGGUGAGGGAGGCUUUCUCUCAGCCUCGACCGAGCAGGAUAUCGAGCUGGAAACGGAGCAGCAGCCGAUGGCGCACAUUUUUCCAAACGAGUCCUCAAGCAGUCCGUCGAGCAGGGGGAAGGCAAGAGCGGCGGCGCGGGAGCGAUUGACGGCCAUCGCCGAGCAGAAGGCAAAGUUGAAAGGCGAGAUGGCGGAACUGCUGACCCAUCUGAAAAUGGAGAAGAACGCUUCGUCCGCGGAGUUGCGCAAAUAUCCACAGAAAAAAACCCAUCCACAUCCAAUUUGUAAUGCAAAACACGUAUCAAAUCAUGUGUCUGUCAUGCAGAAAAUGGAUGUGGAUGGGUUUUUUUUCUGUGGAUAGCAGCGCCGUUUGCCGACGCAGAGAACGGGAGGAGGCGAUUUUGGCAAUGUCCGCAAAAGGUGAUGGAAAAAGCGGAAGCAAAAACUGCAACAUCAACCCGUGGGCACACGACGAAACGCAGUCUUUUGGUCUCGCAUUGGCGCAGCUCGAGACCACGGCGAAUCAGCUUCAUACUGAGGGGGAUCGCGCCUUCGCACCUCCUGCUCUUCUUGCCGGAGAUGUGAGUUCUAUGCAAAAAGCACAGCAACAACAUCAACAGCGAGCUUCAUCGCCCAGCAUGAAAAGUCGCAACGGGGGUACAAAUAUUCUAGAUCCGGGAAAAAGACAAACCCUUCUGCCGUCCACAGCCCCGGCGCUAAAGCGGUACGAGCGGGACUGUAUCGAGCGGUUGCGGAACCGGCAGGCCGCACUAGAAAUCCAGAAAAAAGGCGGAGUGCAGGCGGCCAAGAUCGACACGUUCUUGCGGAAACAGGAGAUGCUGAAGGAAAUUUGGAAAUUGCAGACAGAGGCCCGGCUGUACAUUCCCGCGGUUGCUUUGGAAGGGCCGAAUGCGGGACAAGGCGAUAGCGAGGAAAAGGAAAACGAGAAUCCAUUCCAGGUUCGCCUAGCAGCGGCACAGUCGCGGGCGUUAAGCAAAAGUGUACUGCGGGAGGUUCACCGUGUGUCGCGAUCACAGAGCCCUGUGAAAAGACGAUGUGGGUAGCGCAGGAAUUUGCUGAGAUGCAGCUGUCUUCAAGAUUCAUCAGAACUUUUUCUGACUCGUUCUUUGCCACAUACAUUAAAAAGAAGCCGAUUGUAGUUGUAGUUGUAGAGAAUGGAAAGUGGGAAAAAAGGAAUAUGCAAAGGAUGCAC